AUGGGCUGCCUCUUCGUCGGGACAGCAUCGUUCGGGCCGUGCGGAAGCGGCGUCGUGCUCGCGCGGUCGGCUGUCGGCUACGCGCGCGAGGACGACGAGCCCGCGGCCGCGGCCGCGCCGGCCGCGGCGCCGGCCGCGGCGCCGGCGCCGCCGCCCGCGGACGCGGGCCUCUCCGCGGAGCAGAGCGCCUGGCUCGCGGAGCGGGAGCCGUCGCCGAAGAGCGAGAAGCCGCCGCUCGACCUGCCCGGCGACUACGGCGGGACCGGCGAGCCGCCCGCGCCCGCGCCCGCGCCGCCGCCCGCGCCGCCGCCGGCGCCCGACGGCGAGAAGAAGAAGGGCGGCGUGCUGUCGACGGCGUCGCGCGUCCUCUUCGGGAAGAAGAAGGCGAAGAAGGCCGAGGGGUCGCCGAAGGAGGGCGACGAGUCGCCGCCCGCGGCGGCGACCCCCGCGCCCGCGGAGCCCGAGGCCGAGGCCGAGCCCGAGGCCGCCGACGAGCCCGCGGAGGAGGAGGAGGAGGGCGAGGAGGACGAGGAGGAGGAGGAGAACGACGACGGCAGCGAGGACAGCGGCCUGGGCGAGGACUUGGAGACGCAGGUCCUCGCGGCGAUGGCCAACGGCGGCGCGCGAGAGCCGUCGCCGGAGCCCGAGCCGCCCGCGCCGGACGAGGAGCUCGCCGAGCGCCUCGACGCCUUCGUCACGGCGACGACGGACCUCUGCUUCCGCCUCGGCGAGCACGAGCGGCGCGCGGGCGAGGCGUGCCGCGAGCGCCUCGCGCUGUCCUGUGCGCUGUCCGCGGAGCAGCGGUCGUUCGAGGAGUCGCUCGACCGGUCCCUCCGGGAGCAGGCGCGCCUCGCGGAGCUCGAGGACUACGAGGCCGCCGACGCCAUGUCCGUCGAGGUCGAGACCAUGAAGCGCGAGAUGGCGCUCCGGAGCGGCAAGCUCCGGGAUUUAUGCGUGGAGGUCGACCGCGCGGAGCGCGAGGUCGGCGGCCGCCGCGCGGAGCAGCGCCGGGCCGUCGAGGGCGUCGUCGCCUGGCUCGAGGCCUUCGAGCGGGAGACGCGGGACGCGCUGGCCGCGCAGACGCGCGACGCCGACGCGAAGCAGGCGGCUUUACGCCAGCGCGUCGCCGCGGAGGGCGAGCGGCUCGCGAUGGAGAAGGCGCACGUCGAGCGCGACGCGGCGCACGUCGCCGACGAGUUCGAGCGCAUGGAGGCCCUCAUCGAGGCGCAGACGUCGGGCGACGCGGCGCGGCGCCACGCCCUGUCGCUCGAGAAGGAGCGCAAGGACGCGGAGCUCGAAGAACUCCAACGGCGGCUCGCGGUGCUCUCCGCGGAGCGCGACGCGGUGAGCGCGGAGCUCGGCGACUGCGACGACAAGAUCCAGCUCGCGCGGUCCAAGUUCGAGCGCCAGCUGACGCGCCUCGCGCAGCGCGACGACAUGGUCAAGGCGUCGGCCGCGGACUGCGACCGCGAACUGGCGGCUUUGGACGUCGAGACGCGGCGCUGCGACGACCUCGAGGCGGAGACGGCGGCGCAGCUCGACGGCGUCGCGCGGGUCUGCGACGACGCGCGCGACGAACUGGUCGUCGCCGCGCGGCUGCGGGACGCGGACGCGGUCUGGGCGGGCGCGGCGCUCGACGUGGGCGGCGAGUCGUCGGAGCUCCACGAGCUGCGCGUCGCCGUCGCGGAGGCCGAGGCGCUCGUCCACGACGCGUCGACGGCGCGGGCCGGCCUCGCCGACGACGCGACGCGCCACGGCGACACGGUGAAGCGCGUCGAGGAGAAGCUGCCCGCGUUGGACGUGGCGAAGAAGGCGGCCGCGGCCGCGCGGAACUACAAGGAGGCCGGCGCGCUCGCCAAGGAGGCCAAGGCGCUGGAGGCGCAGCGGGAGGACGCGCAGCGGGACCUGGCGGCUUUAGACGGGCCCCUGGCGGCGGCGGACGAGGCGCUCGGCGCCGCGCGCGCCGCGCACGCGGCCGCGGCGGAGGGGCUGGAGGCGCGGGAACGCGACGACGAGGUCGCGACGCUGCGGGCGCUGCGGGCCAAGGCGUCGGACCUGCGCCGCGCGAAGCGGUCCUUCGCCGAGCCCCGGGCGAAGGCGCAGCUGCGGCUCACGGCCGCGGCCGUCGCGCUCGUGCAGGUCGAGCUCGCGACGGUGUCCGCGCGCGCGGACGACCUCCGCGGCAAGCGGGGCCUCGAGGCCUACGACGACGACGGCGACGACGACGACGACGACGACGAGGCGCCGGAGCCCGCGGCGAAGGGCUCCGCGUCGGCGCUGUCCUGGCGGAAGUGGUUCGGCACGACGUUCUUGCGCUUCGGCGGGAUGGCGAAGCGCACGCGCGCCUUGGCCAUCUCCAUGAUGUGGACGCGGUCCUCCUUCGACUCCUUCAGCGCCGCCUCCACGAAGGGCCUCAGCUUCGCGACGCCGAGCGCGACCUUGGGGCAGGGCUCGACGAUGAGGUCGCAGCGCAGGGCCCGGUCCGCCAUCACGAGAUGCGCCGGCGCGGCGCCCUCCGGCGGGCCGUCGAAGUACGUCGUCGUGUCGUCGAACAAGCUCGCGGAGAUGAACCGUAUGGUCGUACAUCUCGAGGUCGAGGGGAAGGACGGCGCGCGCCGCGACGUGUUCCUCGAGAUGGACCGGAGCGAGCUCGACACCUUCAUCGCCGGCGCCCAGGCGGCCCAGACGGAGCUCGAUGCGGACAGGAGGAGCGCCGACGGCGCGGCGCUCGCCGCGCCCUGCCCGCCCAACGCGUCGCCUGGCGCCCCCAUCACCGCCAUGGGUCCCAAGAAGGAGAAGAAGAAGAAGAAGUCCAAGGCGGAGCUCGAGCAGGAGCGCAUCGACCGCGAGCGGCAGGAGGAGAUCGACGCCAAGGAGCGCGCGCGCAAGCUCGAGGAGCAGCGCGAGCGCGAGCGCGAGGCGGAGCAGCGGCUCAAGGAGGCGCAGAAGCAGGCGCGCGUCGAGGAGCUCGAGCUGCUCAACGUGGAGGCGCGCGAGGAGGCCGGCGUCAUGGAGCGGCGGCGCGCGCGCAUCGACGAGGAGCGCGCGGCCGACGAGGAGGCGCGCGCGUGGGAGAACUACCGCGCGUGCGACCCGCUGCCCGCGGGCGAGAGCGACCGCGAGCUCAACACCUACAUCUCCCAGCUCUACGACGACAUGACGGAAACGCGCAUCCAGGCGGACCUCGGCGGCGACUUCACGCUCGACGAGGCCCUCGAGCGCGUCGCGCGGACGGAGCGCAUCUCGCAGUCGCUCGAGGACCUCCGCGCGGACGCGGUGGCCCGCGGCGACGCCGCGGCGGCCCUGCGCUGCGGCCGCUUCCUCCAUCGCCUGCGGGACGGCGUCGUCGCCCAGCUCGACCGCGCGACGGCCCACGUGCUCCAGCACGCGGACGACACGUCCGCGAAAUCCGAGGACGCGGAGAAGAAGGAGAUCUUCGUCGUCGGCAGCGACGUCGCCGCGGAGGCCGCCGCCCUGAAGCGCGAGGAGGCCAAGGCCGCCGCGGGCCUGCCCGGCCACGCGGCGGGCAAGGACGAGGAGCCCAAGGCCGGCGCCGGGUCGCCGACGAAGGCGCCCGCGGCGGUCGCGCGCGCGGCUUCCACGACGACCGUCGCCGCGGCCAAGGACGAGGCCGCCGACGUCGCCGCGGGCGCGCCCCUGCGGAGCGCGACGCGCGUCGGCGUCUGGGCGAACCUGACGAUCAAGACGCUCCGCGGCCCCUUCAAGCAGCUCGGCUUCCAGGAUGUGGACCUGCACGUGGACCUGCCCAAGACGCUGGGCACGCAGCGCCUCGGCGCGCGCGUCUUCCUGUUGCCCUACGAGCACGUGAGCGCGGCCUACCGCGGCGACCGGUUCGCCGAGGACGAGAUCGUCGCGUCCGUCCGCGGGUCGCAGGCGGUCCCCGAGGGCGGCGCGCCGGGCGCGCUGCUCCCCGGCGACGAGAUGCACCCGCUCGGCGGGUCCAUCCAGCUCGAGGUCGUCGAGCUGCCGCCGCCGCCCAAGGAGAUCAAGCCCAAGUGGACCAUGCAGCAGCUCACGGGGCUCGCGACGUCCGUCAAGGUCGCGCACUUCCCGCCGGGCGCGGAGGUCGACACGCCCUUCGUCUACACGGGGAGCGGCGUGCCGGCGCCGAACCAGUACCUGCGCGCCCGCGUCGUCGUGCCCGAGUCCAUCAUCGUGCCCGCGGCGCCCGACGACGCGUCCGACUCGCCGCUCCGCGUCGCGUGGUGGGACACGUCGCGCAAGUCGUGGAUCGACGGCACGACGUCGGGCGUGGAGUACAACGAGGCGAAGCGCGAGGUCGGCUUCAACCUCGCGCGGAGCGGCGUGCUCGCGCUCGUGCAGCCGCGGACGCUGGACCUGCCCUACGAGGCGUGGUCUCUAAGCCCCGCGCUGCCCGUCGCCGCGCCCUACGACAGCGAGGUCGAGGAGGCCUGCUGCCGCCUGAGCCUGGCGACGCCGCGCUUCGAGGUCGUGAUCGAGGUCCGCGGCGACGGGUCCUGCACGCUCCUCGAGCCGUCGCGGGUCCCGGAGCUCGCGGGGCUGCUCGGGACCGGCGGGCGCGCCGCGCCGGCGAUGAAGCCCGGCCGCCUCCUCGCGGCGCUGUCCAAGGCGGGCAUCCACCUGCGGCCCGACGACGCCGACGCGGCGGCCUGCACGCGGAAGCGCGCGUCCUUCGCGCUCAAGCACGGCGACGUCGAGCGGAAGCUCUGCGAGGAGGUCGCCGCGUUGGCCGCGUCCUACGACUUCGCCGAGUGCCCCGCGGGCAAGGACCUGGGCCGCGACCGCUGCGGCCUGCGGGCCCGCGAGACGUCGACCUACGUCGGCGGCGGCGGCAACGCGCUCGACUUCAUGACGGUCCUCGUCGAGCGCGACGCGGCGUCCAAGUCCGCGCGCGAGGCGCCGGGCGUCGGCGAGCUGCCCGGCGCGGCCGUCAAGUGCACGCUCGUCAUGGGCGACGAGAACUACGACGAGGUCCCGCCGGGCGGCGUCGACCCGGAGACCGCGCCGCCGGCCGUCUUCGACGAGUCGCCGCUCGGCGCCGCGACGAGCCACAUCUUCCUCCACCGCUGCCUCCGGGCCGUCUCCUCCGAGGAGUCCAUGGACCGCGUCCGCAAGGCGCCCCUCAAGUUCCAGCAGACCGUCGAGGAGCUGCUCCACCUCACGAGGCCCUUCUCCUUCUUCUAG